AUGUUGGCGCCAGUGAGGCUCCCCGCUGUCGCCCCCCCUGCGCCGCCGCCGGGUCGUCGAAGGACACUCUCCCUGGCCGUCACCGCGCUGGCGGCACUGCCUCGCGCGCCGGCGCGCGCCGUGCGUACGGGCCGGCUGCCAGCGGCCUCCGUGUUCAUCGCGACCAGCGAGGAUGGCUUCAUCGCUAAGACGGAUGGCUCGCUUGAUUGGUUGACUCCAAGCGGCAAGGAGUUGCAGUAUGAGGCAGGCUUCGAGCGGUUCCUGUCCUCUGUGGACGCUGUGGUGAUGGGGCGCAAGACCUUCGAAUCCGUGAGGGACAUGGAGGGUGGCCCCUGGCCUUAUGGCGACCGGCUGGUGGUGGUCCUGAGCGAGAAGGGGGUGGCGGUGCCCGAGAGGCUGAAAGGAAAGGUGAAGCUGGCCAAAGGAAAGCCAGAGGACAUCCUUGCCGAUCUGGCCGCCUCGGGUGUCAAAGACGUCUACGUGGAUGGGGGCCAGACCAUCCGCCGCUUUUUGGCGGCGCGGCUGCUGACGAGGAUUAUUGUCAGCAAGAUGCCCGUCAGUCUUGGCGAUGGCGUGCCGCUGUUCACCGGCGAAGAUGCCAGCCGAUUAGAAGAGGUUGCCUCGAAGAAGCUGAGUGCAGGAGUGAAUCAGGUCACCUACAAGGUGAAGCCCUGA